GCCAAACUCGAGAAUGUGAAAAUCGCUCUCGCUCACUUUGACAGCCAAUGCUACCAACCGAAUAUCACAGAAAGUCGUGAGUUUCGUGCGUGAACACUUUUCGUUCUGGUGUAGGAAUCGUCGAGCCAAAAAACAAAAAAAAAACAAUCGAGUGAAAAUGACUUCCAGCCGGCUUCACAGGGUAUUUUUGUAUAGUUUUGCCAUUUGUUUAUUCGUUACCUUUGUAACGAUCGCCGCUAAAUUGUUCCCGAUAGCGAAUCUACCUACAAGUACAAAUAUUAUCAUUAUUGGCACAUGUCUGGCUAACUUGAUUUCCGUGGUCGCGUUGAUAGUUGGAAUAUUGCUGAGACGGCCCGUUCUGGUGAAAGCUGUUAAAAUAUUUAGUUACGUACAGCUGGGUGCUAUUUUCAUCCUGAUCUGUCUGGCUCUGUUCUUAUUGUAUGUGGUCCGGGUGGAUGUUCAACAUUACGACGAAAAACAAACACAGCAACAAGAGGAACUGUGAUUUCGCCAUUUUGGUGUCAUCGUUUUAGCCGCUAGCAGCCGGUUGCGACGGCGGAACCGGUGCUGCUGCCGGCAGUGAUUGUUUAUUACACGACGGGGGAAUAACUGUGUCUGUUAACGAAAGAUUAAAGAAGUGCUAAAGAUAUUAAA